AUGGAUGUUCAUAACUACUCCCUAUUAACUAUUGUAAGUUGCUGCGCAUUUCUGAUUGAACGAACGAAAACGUGUCCAUCGUUGCUUAAUGAGUCACUUUGUCGUUGUGUAAACACGAUUUCACUCACCCUUGUUCAUUGCAACCCUAGGAUUUGUCAUAGGAGAGAUAUGGACUUAAAAGGUGCUGUUAAGGACAUAAUCCCUUGGGAUGGGACUCUAUCUUCAAGUGAUUUUUACCUUUCUGCUCGUACAUUUUCUGAGAAGUGGAAAAUGUUCAAUCCUUCCUUUCCUCCAUGGCAGUGGAUCCCGAGCUCAAAACAUCAUUUGGUUGCUUCUCAUAAGGUGGAAGGAUACUUGUCCCUGGAGAACGUGUGCCAUAUCAAAUCAAGUGAGGAAGAAGAGAGUAAUAGUAGUCUGACAUGGGAAGAAGAGAGCAAGAACUCACAGAGCGAAGAGCCCUUUGAUUAUGCCACUUUAGUAUGUCCAGAGGAUGAAGUAAACCAUUAUGAUUUUCACAUCGUCUACAGUUCUUCGUAUAGGGUUCCAAUCUUGUAUUUCCGUUCAUACCGUAGUGAUGGGCAACUAUUGCCGUUCAAUGAAGUUGAAAAGGACCUUCCCGGUCACUCUGCUAAGUUACGAUCAGAAUCCAAAUGGACAUUUAUAACACAUGAGGAACAUCCAUAUUUGAACAGGCCAUGGUACAAAUUACAUCCAUGUGGGACGAGUGAAUGGAUGAAGCUCCUCUAUGAUGGUGAUUCAACUUUGAACAGAAAUGGUUUUGUUAUUGAACAAUAUCUGGUUUCCUGGUUCUCGGUCAUUGGACAAGUAGUUGGUCUUAAAAUUCCUUUGGAAAUGCUUAAUACUGUAGUUUAUAACGAUUCUUAG